UUUGGUUCAAUACUGUGUUUAAUAGGCUUCACAUUCAUAGGACCUCUCGAUUUCAUACCAAUAGAACCUGAGUUGUGGAUAAUAAUCGUCUCAUUGGUAUUCAUUGGUUUGGGAAUCGCCUCAAAACUGGUCACCGCUUUCAUCAGUGCUUUACACGACUCCAUCCAUAGGCGAGGCUUUGCCGACGAUAUAUCGACCUAUGGUUUGGUGUCCGCGAUGUUCUUCUGCGCCUGUAGUGUCGGUGCGUUCAUCGGUCCCUCUUUGGGUGGAUUUCUUUUGGACAGAAUUGGUUACAGAAAAGCAAUUCUUGUCAUUCUUAUCGUCGAUAUUCUUAUGGUUUUCCUUCAUGUGUUUCAUCUAAUCGUACGAAGAGUUCAGAGCUCCAGAAGUGAUGAAUUGCGACCACUUUUAACACAAAACUCUUAAGCGUUUUAAUACAUAAUAUUUUAUGACUUUUAUGUGUAUUUAAUGGUUUUUGUGAUAUUUUCGUAUGAAUUAUACAAUAAACUUAUUUUAUUUAACAAA